AUGAAAUCUCAAGGAAGAAUACUAUUAGAUAAAAUGAGUGGUUGUUAAUUAAACAUUAAGUAGAAUUAAAAACCAUCGACCUAGUUUAAGUUAAUGGUAUUAAGAUAUCAUUGGAGCUUAGCAAUAAAUAAACUACAAAAAAUAAUAAUCAAAAGAUGCUAGUAACCCUUAUUAAAUCUUUAAGAAGAAAGCAUACAUAUGAAAAAAUCUAGAUCUCAAUAGCCAAGUCUAUUGUUUGUGAAUAAAAGGUUUUAGCAUCUUCGAUAUCAUUCUUAAAAUAAUGAAGGAUAAAUAGAAUCUCAAAGCGAAGAAGAAUUAACACCAAAAGGAUAAGAAGAACUUGAAACCACUUAAAAGAAUAGCAAUACUAACGAGAAAGAGCCUAAAGCUGAUAAAGUUUAAAUUGUGCAAAUUUAAAACGACUUUAAAGAAUCAGCAUAUUUUCGCGCAUAAAGUAGUCUUGAUUAAUUGAAAUUUAAUGAAGAAUUUUUGGAUUUGUUUAAAAAAUAGAAAGAAGCAUGUCAUUUCGGUUAUUUAUGUAAUUUCGAAAUUAAGUUUAGCUAAAGAGAAAGUAAAAGAAUAAGAAAUUCUGAUAAAAAAAAUAUUAGACAGUAGACCCAGUAAACCUAUACCAGAUAUCAAAACCUUUCUUUCUCUAAUAAAGAAACCUCAAGUAGAAAUUGAACAUAGCAAACCAAAACAAUAAUAAGAAUUUGUACUGCAUUUAAUAUUUGCAAUAUUUUUAUUGAUUUUUGUGAGUAUAUUUAUAGUCAUGUGA